AUGACUCGUGUCAAUGAAAAAGACCUCCUGGCGGUUAUAAUGCUCGAGACCGCCAAAGCAACGGAGCCAUAUCCUAACAAGGAUAAUUUUGAGAAGUUCGCACGUGAAACAGGAACGAAAGCCUCCGUUUCUUCCUACAUCAAAACAUUCCGAAGAAUUGUGGACACUCUCGACACAGUCCGCAACUACAGUCUGGAAGAGAAAGCUCGGAUGCUGUUCAUGACGAGCACUCCGGUUGACGAGAAUAUGCUGGAGGAAAUGAGGGAGAUUGCGGUUAUUGAAGUAAACGAAGAUAAUCAAAUCAUAUCGUAUAAAUCGAAACAAGGACCGGAAGCGUUUCAAGGACAGCCAUGGAAGUUAAGGAAGAGAAGGAAUGGACAUAAAGGAAAGAAGAGCAGGCCGCAAGCAGCAGAUGAAAGUUUAGAGGAGUCCGAUGAAGAAGAGGUACUUGGAGCAGUUGUGGGACGAAAUGAAGAUUUGAAUGACUUGCAGGAGGAGCCAGAAUCCGAUCAGGUUGUUGAGAAAAGUGGAGAUACAGAAGACGUGGAGGACCCACUGAAUGAGCACGUGGAGGAUUCGGAGGUUCUGGAAGGAGCUGAUAACACUAUCAAUGUGAACUGUUCGGAUGAUUGUCAAUUGCCAAAAGAAGACCAUCAAGUGGAUACAGGUCUUGAUGGCAUCGUAACAGAACUUAUUCCAGAGGAUCUCAAUGAAAUUGUGGAAAAGUCUGAUAUGAUUCCAGGAGAAACCGAUGUAGCAGUCGAUGAAAUUGACAUGGAUUUUUUUCGGAAACAGUACUAUGAAGACUUGGAGGAUAUGGAGUCCCUGGAUCAGCAUAUGUUGGAUGUUGAUGAAGAAGGCGUCAAUGAAAACACUCUGGAGAUUCAGAAAAAAUAUUUCGGAGACUUAGAAGAACCAAUAGCGCAGCACAUGGAGAUCGAUGAGAUCCUUGAAGAAGCAAUCAAUGAAAACAAUCAGAACCCGGAAAGAGAAGACUCAUCCACACCGUCAGUCUUCUCCGAUUUUCCAUCUGAUGACGCCACUGGGGAUUCAGAAGGAUCAAUUCAAGAAGAUAUGGAUUCACUAUGUGAAUCACGAAUUGAAUACGUUGACAGUUUGGACAAAGAGCAUCUUAAUGAGUCAGAAGACAUGGAUAUCGACUUCUCAUUAGAUGAUGAUAUUGACUUGCUGAGCUCCUUAUCAGAUGAGACGAAUGAAGAUUCUGGAAAAAAUGAGCAAUUGAAUCAUCAAGUCGUCAGUAAUCCACCCAAGAAAAAUCUAAAGCGGAAAUUGGAAUCCCAGGGAGAUGGGCCAAUUGCAAAAAAGAUCCCAGGUGGAGAAAACGAAUCAUGGACAACCUUUCGCUCACUUGUCAAGAAUUAUGGUGGAAAUGAGAACCCGGAGGUGAAGGCAAUAUUAUCGAAUGAAGCCUUUCUGAAAUCUAUCAGUCCGGAAUUUCCAUAUUCCGAGAGAUCAAUCAGGGAUAUGCUGUCGAAAAAGGUCCAAGUGGCAGUGCAAACGGAUAGGGCGCCAACUUCUGUUCCCAGCUUCAUGAGAUUAAGUGGAUUCCACAACGCAUGGCUCAAAGCUCAAGAGCACCGAAAGAAGGCUCUAGAAGCCGUCGACGCACCACCAGCCCCUGAACCAGCUCCCAGCAAUCUCUUGAAAACAUCCGAAGCUCAGUCUAAGACAGUUGACUCGGAAAGUGCUCAUCCAGCUGGUACGACGAAGCCAGAGCGUCGGGAUUUAGGAUACAAAGAGCCAGGUGUCAGAUCUACUCACCCUCAGCCAAGUUUCAAACCGAAGUUGUUCGAUCAAGCAAUUCCACACGAACCUCUUGUCAGUUCUGUCGCUCCACCUGCCAUCGUAAAUCCAGAGCUCCAGGAGGAAACUAUCGCCACUUCACCUGCGGAGUUUUCCCAAUCUGAGAUAGCCCCUCCAGCUGCUAACACUGAAACGACCCCAGAUGUGAAAGCGCCAGUACCGAGAGUCAGCACGAAGCAAAAGCUUCCGGAUCCACGCCCAACAGUCAGACUGGAGAUCUUAGACCAAGGAAUUCCUCAUGAACUUCAUGUCAACGUCUCUGCACCCAACGUCAUCAUAAAACAAGAACGUCAAGAUGCUGAAUACAUAGAAGAGGAGGAGCCUGUUGAGCGUGUCCCCGAGAAACUGCUCACUAACCGUUUCUUUAUCAGUUUGGAGUCAUUUUUGAAUGAAAUGGAAUCCAAUGAGUUGAGAGGUCUACUCCAACGGAUCAAGGAAGUCAGAGAGAAUGGAGAGACUAGUGGACUCAAGUUCAACGCAGAAACCUUAUCAGUUGUUGUCGAUGUCUUGUUGGCCUCUUUGGUUAAGAAGAGCAUGAAUGACGAGAUUUGUAAACGGUCGACACUGCUCCCAUUAAUGAACGAGGUGUUGGAUAAGUUCUUGUUUCAAAUGAAAGCGAUUGGAUGCUCCAAAAUGACACUUGAUGUCACUAUGCUUGUGGAGUCUGAGAAGAAGAGGAUUGAGAAGGAAGUAACAAGAGUGAGCUAUAAACUUAUAGCUGAUCAAUUCUCCAAAAUGAUUGAUAAUUUGAUGCCACUUUAA